AUGGAGAAGGCCAAUCUCACAAAUCUUAUGAAGAAAUUGGGGCAGCGAGCCCGACACUGCUACCCGCCAUUCCUCUCGCUCAAGACCUACCCGGUAGUCGGACCCCUUCUCUUUCAAUCACUUCGCACCCUUUGGAGCCGAAAGGAGCAGGCUACGGCAAUCUCGGCGGUUACAAUUAGCGCAAUCUAUCUCUGGAAGAAAUGGAAAGCCGUGCUGAUUGGGGAGAAGGCCAAGCGAUCAUCAUCGAAAUCACUGCAGCGAGGGAAGGGACUUGCCGAUGGCACGCGCACCUCCAUCGCCAUGGUGGAUAGCACCUUCCUCCGACGACUCUGGCGGCUUCUCAAGAUUCUCUAUCCCUCUCUGCAUUCGAACGAAUCCCUCGUCACGUCUCUCCUCACUCUCCUCCUCCUCGCCCGCACUCUACUGAGCCUCAAGAUCGCCGAGGCCAUGGGCUAUAACGCCAAGUGCCUCGUGCAGCGCAAGCUCGACCGAUUCAUCUUCGGCGUCAUCGCUUUGGGAAUCGUGGCCAUCCCGACCGUCAUUGUAAAUUCCGGCGUUGCCUACUUCACGCAGAUGCUGUCUCUCCUCUAUCGCCGACGAUUAAGUAGGCACGUGCACAAGAUGUAUCUCUCCGACCUUGCCUUCUACAAGGCCAACUUCGGUGGCAACAUCGACAACAUCGACCAGCGGGUGGCGCAAGACAUCGAGCGGUUCUCGUCCUACUUGGCCAACCUCUACGGCAACGUGUUCAAGCCUGUCACCGACCUUGCUCUCUUUACUUCCAAGGCACGUCUCGAAUCUCCUCGCCUCGCUCUCCCCGCACACGAGACCUUGAGCGCUGUGAUAGGGUAUCGCGGUCCUCUCCUCAUGUACAUCUACUACAUUAUAAGCGGCCUCUUCCUGCGCUGGAUCAUGCCACCAUUUCCCAAGCUUACGGCGCAUCAACAGCGGCUCGAAGGCGACUUUCGGCUCCGGCACUCGCGGCUCAUUGGAAACAGUGAAGAGGUGGCCUUCCUCCGCGGCUCGUCGCGAGAGCGGCAGAUCAUCAACGCCGCGUUCGACCGCGUCUACGCCCACGCCGGCAACAUUUUCAGGAAGCAGGCCGUUGUGUCCAUCGUGGACGAGCUGUUGGUUAAGUAUGGUGCAACGAUGGUGGGCUAUUCUGUCGUCGCGUUCCCCGUGUUCGGUGGGACCUACAACACGCGACUUUCGGGCUGGUCGCAGAUGGGCGAGCUGCCGUUCCGAGAGGUCGAUUCACUUCAAUCGGAGAUAGCGGCGUCGGUGACGGGCGACUACGUGCGCAACACGCAGAUCCUCAUCAAUUUGGCGCGAGCAAUCGGGCGAUUGGUGAUGCUGCACAAGGAGAUCAACCUCCUCGCCGGCUACACGGGUCGGGUGUGGGAUCUGCUGGCGCUACUGGAGACCUUACAAGACAAGGGGGCGGCAGCCCCUCGCAAGCCCACAAUCCCGCGGCUGAUAGAAGGCGGCGGAAGAGGAGGAGGAGGAGAAGAAGAAGACGAGGGCUCCACCGCGCUCCGCGGAGAGUACGAAGAAAGCGACCACACCAAGCUGGAGGACGUGUCGAUCGUGACCCCCGACGGCCUCGUGCUGGUGGAGGGGCUCACGUUCGACCUUCCCUACGGCAAGAACCUCCUCAUCUACGGGCCCAAUGGGUCGGGCAAGAGCAGCCUGUUCCGGGUGCUUUGUGGCCUGUGGCCGCUGGAGCGAGGCCGCAUCACGCGACUGCCUGCCGAGGAGAUCCUGUACAUCCCCCAGCAGCCCUACCUGUCCUACGGAUCGCUCCGUGACCAGGUCAUCUACCCUCACUCACCGCUCGACUUUGAGGCCAAGGGUACCUCGACAGAGCAGCUCGAGAACAUCAUGCACAGCCUCAACCUCUACUACCUCGUACAGCGCGAGGGGUGGGACAAAGUCUCUGAUUGGAAUGAGGCCCUCUCCGGCGGAGAGAAGCAACGCCUUGUACUUGCCCGGCUGCUGUACCACAAUCCACGUUUGGCCGUGAUGGACGAGUGCACGUCGGCCGUCUCGUCCGAGGUCGAGUCUUUUAUUUAUCACGAAAUGAAACAAAGGGGCAUCUCCUGCAUCACGGUGAGCCACCGGCGGCGAGUGUUAUGGCGGUUUCACGACUACCUCUUGCAGCUGCAUGGCGAUGGGACGUGGGACUGGCAGCAAAUCGACCAGAAGAAAGAGGAGGCCUUCAAAAACAACUACACCUACUGA